CCUGCUAACAGUCUCAUCUCGUUUCCAUUUUCUGGCCUUUUCACCACCUCUUGUUUCAUCGGUUUUUUUUCUUAAUUCUCGUUCUCUUCGCCGGCGAGUUGUUGCCGGAAAAAUAGACUCGCUGGUCACUCACAAUCUCGCUUGAAUUCCCAUGGCAAUAACAUUAUGUUCUCGGGCUGUUGCGUGUUUCGGUAACUUUAACCGUAUCUGAAAAAAAAAGGUGAAAAAGAAAAAGAAAAAAAAAACUCGUAAGCAAAGCGACUCUACUUAGCAGAGUUAUGAAGUUAUUCCAUCCCUUGUUUGGCAAAUGAGAAGCAAAUAAUUGUAUAUUAUAAUCAACGUUAAGACUUAAGAGUCUCGUGUCUUGAUUAACUGCAUUAUUUUUUGUCUCUCCAACAUGAAUUUCUGUGUCAAUUGCGUGUGCUGAUCUCAUCAGAAAGAGAAGAAUCAACGAGAGUUUGAAGUGUUGCCGUAGUAAAGGUAGAAGCGGCUUUGUUUUUUUGAAGACUGAGAAACAUGCCUUUCCCAAUGAAGAUCCAGCCGAUCGAUUUCAACACGCUAGAAGAGGCAGCGCUGCCGCGGUCGGAAACAGUAAAGCCGUUGGUGAAAUCGCGGUUCAAGCGGCUGUUUGAACGGCCGUUCCCUAGCGUUCUAAGAAAUUCCACGACGGAUAAGAUCGGUACCGUCGCCGCCGAUGAGCUCCCUUUAAGCAAGGAAUGCGCCGGUGAGUUCGAGCCGAGCUCUGUUUGCUUGGCUAAGAUGGUUCAGAAUUUCAUAGAAGAAAACAACGAGAAACAACAAUCUUGUGCAGUUAGAUGCAGCCGUAACCGCUGUAACUGCUUCAACCGUAACUGCAGCGACAGCUCCGAAGACGAUAUGGAUAGUUUCUUUGGUGACUCCAAUCUUAAUUCUCCCGCUGAAGCAUCUGAAAUCCUAAAGAAUUUGAUUUGUCCUAUGAGUGUGAGUGAAAAGAUUUUAUUAGCGGAUACGGCGAAGAUUGUGGAGAAGAACAAGAUCUGUAAGAGUAAAGAUGAUUUUUGCAGGAAAAUAGUGACUGAUGGAUUACUGACCCUUGGAUAUGAUGCUUCUAUCUGCAAAUCUUGCUGGGAAAAAUCUCCCUCUUGCCCCGCCGCAGGGGAGUACGAAUACAUAGACGUGAUAAUUGAGGGGGAACGAUUGUUGAUCGACACCGAUUUCAGAUCAGAGUUCGAACUCGCCCGAUCAACGAAGACUUACAAAUCAAUCCUCCAAAUGCUUCCCUUCAUCUUCGUUGGCAAAGCUGAUCGUCUCCAGAAGAUAAUUGUUACUGUUUCCGAGGCGGUAAAGCAAUGCCUGAAGAAGAAGGGAAUGCAUAUUCCUCCAUGGCGAAAGGCCGAGUAUAUCAAGGCCAAAUGGCUUUCUCCUUAUAAUCGAAUCACGCCUUCACCUUCACCUUCACCUUCACCUUCACCUACUCCAACAUCAACAUCUAUAACCGGAACGCUCAAAGAAUUUGAGCUUGAUCCCAAAGCUAAAGAACAAUGCCAACCUUUGUUUGAAUUGAAUCCUGAGGGUAAAAACUCCGUUGACGAUGCUGAUUUGGGGGAACCCAUAUUUGCUUUGUCGGAGAGUUCUGAAGAAGAACGGAAUGAAAAAAAUGUCAAGAAAGAAGAAAGGAAGCCACCUCAGAUAAAUCCCAGGAGCUCACAGAUUGGGGUUAAGAUCGUGGCUGGUUUGGCUUCAGCAAUUGAAGAUGAACAAUAAAUUUUGGACUAUUUUUUUCUUUUCUUUUCUUUUCUUUUUUUCUCUUUUACUUUUUUUCCCAUUUGGGUUAUUGGAAAAUCGAAUACACUAUGGUACAUGAUUUAACUGUUUGAAUCCCCUUCAGUUUUUUUAUGUAAGGGUUGAUCUGAUUUUUACUAAUAUGAAUAAUUUUUGUUAUAAAAAUAGUAAAGAACAAAGUGAAAAAUAUAUAUUAUUUUCCCUUGGUGCCUCUGAUUCUUUCUUCCAUUUCAGGUUCAUUUUUGUAUUCUCAUGUAAUUGUAUUCUUGUUGGGGUUUGUUUUAAAAUAUAUAUAUAUUAUCUCUGCAGGUGUGGAACCAAAGCAAAGAGGAAAAGGUCAUUUCGCCCCCUUCCAUUUCAUUUUAUAUUACAGAAUUUAUCAUUUCCCGAUCUUUAUUUACUGUUCUUAUCUUUAAAGGAGCAGAGGAACUAAAUUUUAUAAUGAUGGGAGCAGCAUCGUGUGGUCUCGAGCUUUGUGAGGUUAGUCCUGACUCUUAAGCUAUUUUUUAUUUGCUUCUUCAACUGAUUCUUUGCUCAUUACAUUUUUCUAUGCAUUAUUUUAUUUUAUUGAUGGCAUGAAAUAAUUUUGCAAUUAUUUGUCUGGCUAGAUGGUUUUCGAUUAAGCUGCUCCUUCUACCUUACUUUCGCAUCAUUGGACUAAGUCCAUUUCCUAAUUACGUUUGCUUAGAAAGAUAGAUAUGUGAACCUAACGGUCAUUUGUGGUUGUGUUGGUCGGUGUUAAGAUAAAGCGUUGAAAUUUUAAAACUUCUAUUGACGGUAAUUAAAGUUUAAAGGGAUAUGAUUUUGAUAGUAAUAUUUCUUGCUUUAAAAGAAUACAAGAUAAGAUAUUCUAAUUCCAGAUUAAUUUGGGUUCAUUUCUUGUAGUACAAAUUUAAUAUUUGGUUAAUAUUGGCUUCUGAAUGAAGUUUUCUCAUUUCUGUGUAUCUAGUAGUUGGGGAUUUUCUAUAUAUUUAUCCUGACUUUGAUUUAUUGCCAGAUGCCCAUAUGAAUGUGGCCUAGUGCCGGUUUUCUUACCUUUUUCUUUUUCCCUUUUUUUUUCUUCUAUUUUUUUGUCGCCCAAUAUGAAGGAAAGGAUGUGAAACUGAAAACAGCAUAAUCUCCAUUUGAAUAAUGGAUUUUAUCUAUCAACUGAGUUGUAGCUAUUGAGGGGUGGAGCCACCUUGUGGCUUUGGUGGGUGUUGUUGGUCCCCUACGAGUCGUGCUUCAGCUCCUACCUUUAGUUAACUGGUCCAAAGAUAUCCAUAAGAAUGUGAAUUUCUGAAACUGCUUUUACCACAAGUUCCCUCGUUUUAACUUUUUGGAUAAUUCCCGAAUUUAAGGACCUAAUUUCACAGUGGGGAUAGUGGGAGUGCUGCUUUUUGUAAAAACAAAAUGUCUUUUACUUGCAAGUCGGGCAAUCGGUUUGCAGUUCUGUGACUUGUGGAAGCUUCCCACCUGCAAGAACAUAUUAAUUUUGUGAUCCUGUAAUUGUAUGUAGUUAUUGUUUCGGAUAUACUUGUUGACUUCUUUUUUCUUUUUC